AACAUUACCUAAUAAGAUAAAAGAGUAUAGGACUUGGACAAGACAAGCCCAUUUCUUGUUUUUAAAAUGCUUGAAUCUUCGACAUUGGCGCCAUUUCAACGAACCAUGACUGCUCAUGCCUUCAUUCACUCCCAAUUCACUAGCCCCCAUUCUCGAAUCAGCCAUCUCAACUCGCUCAUCCUUCCUCGGCCGAGCAACCCAUGCCCGAAUCAUCAAAACCUUUCAAUCCCCACUUCCUCCGUUUCUAUCCAAUCAUCUCAUCAGCAUGUAUUCCAAACUCGAUCUCCCCAACUCUGCCCAGCUUGUGCUCCAUCUCACCCCAACUCGCUCCGUCGUCACAUGGACAUCCCUUAUUUCCGGUUCUGUUCAAAAUGGUCAUUUCUCAUUUGCCCUUUAUCAUUUCUUCAACAUGCGCCGUGACAAUAUCCAACCCAAUGACUUCACUUUCCCUUGCGCUUUUAAAGCGUCCGCUUCGCUUCUGUUACCCUUUGUUGGAAAACAGAUUCAUGCAAUCGCGGUUAAGUUUGGUCAGAUUAAUGAUGUGUUUGUCGGAUGCAGUGCGUUUGAUAUGUACUCGAAAACUGGGCUUAAGCAGGACGCACAGAAACUGUUUGAUGAAUUGCCUGAGAGGAAUGUUGUUACGUGGAAUGCGUAUAUUUCUAAUGCUGUGCUUUAUGGAAGGUAUCAAAAUGCUGCUGUUGCGUUUGUAGAGUUACGUCGGGCUGGCUGUGAGCCUGAUUCCACUACAUUUUGUGUGUUUUUUAAUGCGUGUGCUGAUCAGUUGUAUGUAGACCUUGGGAGACAGUUGCACGGUUUUGUGAUUCGGAGUGGAUUUGAAAAGAGUGUAUCUGUCUUGAAUGGGCUUAUUGAUUUUUAUGGGAAGUGUAAAGAGGUUAGAUUGGCAGAGAUGGUAUUUGGUAAGAUGGAGAACAGGAAUGCUGUUUCGUGGUGCUCUAUGGUGGCUGCUUGCGAGCAGAAUGGUGAGGAAGAGAAGGCUUGUUUGUUUUUUGUAGAGGGUAGGAAAGAAGGAAUUGAGCCAACCGAUUAUAUGGUUUCUAGUGUUAUUAGUGCUUGUGCAGGGCUUGCAGGACUUGAAUUAGGAAGGUCGUUCCAUGCACUUGCUGUGAAAGCAUGCCUAGAGGGUGAUAUUUUUGUUGGGAGUGCCCUUGUUGACAUGUAUGGUAAAUGUGGAGGUAUUGAAGAUUCUGAGCAAGCCUUUCAUGAGAUGUCUGAAAGGAAUUUGGUUACUUGGAAUGCAUUGAUUGGUGGUUACGCACAUCAAGGGCAUGCUGAAAUGGCUGUCAGAUUGUUUAAAGAAAUGACAACUGAGGUGGUACCGAACUAUGUGACAUUGGUGUGUGUUUUAUCAGCUUGUGGUAGAGGAGGAGCAGUUGAACUGGGCAUGGAGAUUUUUGGGUCAAUGAGGGACAGGUACAAGAUUGAACCAGGGGCAGAGCAUUAUGCCUGUGUUGUAGACUUGUUAGGGAGGGCUGGGAUGGUCGAACAUGCAUAUGAGUUUGUACAGAAAAUGCCUAUUCGUCCUACAAUUGAGGUUUGGGGGGCUCUUUUAAGUGCUUGUAGGGUGUAUAGGAAGCCAGAGUUGGGAAAGAUAGCAGCUGAUAACUUAUUUGAACUUGAUCCAAAGGAUUCCGGCAACCAUGUGCUGCUUUCAAAUAUGUUUGCUGCUGCUGGCAGGUGGGAGGAAGCCACCAUGGUGAGACAAGAAAUGAUGGAUGUUGGUAUCAAGAAGGGUGCAGGUUACAGUUGGCUUACUGCAAAGAAUAAGGUACACGUUUUCCAAGCAAAGGAUAUGUCCCAUGCAAUGAACACUGAGAUCCAAGCAAUGCUAAUUAAGCUUAGAAUGGAAAUGGAGGCAGCUGGCUACAUACCUGACACAAACUAUGCACUCUAUGAUUUAGAAGAAGAGGAGAAAAUAACUGAAGUUUGGUACCACAGUGAGAAGAUCGCCCUUGCGUUUGGCCUCAUAGCUAUCCCUCCUGGAGUACCUAUAAGAAUCACAAAAAACCUUAGAAUUUGUGGUGAUUGUCAUAGUGCCUUCAAAUUUAUAUCAGGCAUUGUUGGCAGAGAAAUCAUUGUUCGAGAUAAUAAUCGAUUUCAUCACUUUCAGAAUAGUCAGUGUUCCUGCAGAGAUUAUUGGUGAUGAUUCUGUACUGCUUAACAAUUUUUCAACUGAAUAUACUGUUUUCAGGAGAA